AUGGUUUCCAAUUUGGGAAUGGAGGUUCCCUGGAAAUCCAUUCUCAUCACCACCAUCCUCAUACUGCUGCAAUUACAAGCUUCCCAAGGCCAGGACGCCGACGCGGGCGCUGGCGGAGGCGGAGGCGGCGACGGCGACGGCGGAGGAGCAGACGGAGGCGGCGACGCCGCCCAGAUAGCCCCGCCGCCGGGGCUGGCACGGUGCAACGGCGUGUUCCUGACCUACGCGUUCACGUCGCGGGAAAAAGAGUUCCCGCACGUGAAGAACGUGACGGCGCAGGCGUGGGCGUUCAAGUCCACGGCGGCGAUAUUCAACACUGGGGAGGACGAGCUGAAGGCGUGGGAGAUGUUCAUCGGGUUCCACAACCGGGAGAUCCUCGUCUCGGCCGACGGCGGCGCACUGUUGGACGGUGAUGAUCUGCCCACGUCGAUCGGGAAGGGGGCCACGUUUGUGGGGACCACGAUGCCCGAUCUGAAGAGCUCGAUCGACACGGCCGGGGAUAUGACGCAGAUCAUGGCCCAGAUUGUGAUCACCGGGACGCAGUUUGGGCUGAACGCGAAAGCUGUUCCCAUGCCCAGGACCAUUAAGCUCGUCAACGAUGGAUAUAAGUGCCCCGCUCCCAGAAAGAAAGGCAAAACCUACAUGGAGGUGUGUUGCAGGGUGGAUCCAAAGGCCAAGGCAAAGAAGAAACUGCCCAAGGACAAGAAGAUCAAGUUCUUCCCCCGCCGUUACGGCGACCUGGUGUUCACCUACGACAUCCUCCAAGCCUGGGGGAACAACUACCAAGCCCAGAUCACGAUGGACAACAACAACCCCCUCGGCCGCCUCGACCACUGGAACCUCACCUGGGAGUGGCAGCACGACGAGUUCAUCUACUCCAUGCGCGGCGCCUACACCCGCACCCGCAACCUCGCCCAAUGCAUCUACGGCCCCGUCGGCAAAUACUACCAGGACUUCGACUUCUCCACCGUCAGCAGCUGCGACAAGCACCCCAUCAUCUCCGACCUCCCGCCCGAGAAAAAAGACGACCCCAAGAUCGGCAAGCUCCCUUACUGCUGCAAGAACGGCACCCUCCUCCCUCCAAUCAUGGACGAGGAGCGCGCCCGCGCCAUCUUCCAGAUGCAGGUCUACAAACUCCCUCCCAAUCUCAAUCGAACCGCCUUCGAACCGCCCCUCAAGUGGAAGAUCAAGGGGAUCCUCAACUCCCAGUACUUAUGCGGUCCGCCCGUUCGAAUCGAACCGACCAACUUCCCCGACCCCAACGGUUUGCAGUCGACCUUCACGGCCUACGCCACGUGGUCGGUCGCCUGCAACAUCACGCGACCCAAAGCCAAGCAGACGCGGUGCUGCGUCUCCUUCUCCGCCUACUACAACGACUCGGCCAUCCCCUGCAACACGUGCGCGUGCGGGUGCGAGGACAACACGGGCUGUCGAGAGACCGGCGACCCGAUGUUGUUGCCUCCCGACGCGCUCCUGGUCCCGUUCGAGAACAGGACCAGGAAGGCGAUUGCAUGGGCCAGGUUGAAGCACCGCAGGGUGCCUUACCCGAGGCCCUGCCCGGACAACUGUCCGGUUAGUAUUAACUGGCACGUGAACUCGGACUACGCGAGCGGGUGGACCGCCAGGAUAACCCUGUUCAACUGGGAGCAAGUCCCGUUUCAGGACUGGUUCGCGGCGAUACAGAUGGGGAGGGCCUACCCGGGGUACGAGAACGUGUACUCGUUCAAUGGGACCAGGCUGCCCAGGCUAAACAAGACCAUAUUUUUUCAGGGGCUGGAAGGUCUGAACUACCUGGUGGGGGAGACCAACGGGUCGCGGCCCUGGGAUCCCAGAAUCCCAGGGAAGCAACAGUCGGUAAUCUCCUUCACCAAGAAGCAGACCCCGGGAAUCAACAUUCCCCGCGGGGAUGGAUUCCCGAAGAAGGUGAUAUUUAACGGCGAGGAGUGUGCAUUGCCGAGACACAUUCCGAUGAAAGGUGCGGGUCACAGGUCGUAUCAAGUCAGUUUGUUCACCGUUUGUGCUGCGGUCGCAGCUGUGCUUGGCGUGAUGGGUGAGCAUGGAUCUUAUGGGUUGUUGGAUCGAUGGUGA